AUGGCGGCUGUUUUCGCGUUCGACGACUCGGACGAUUUCCUUGCGGCUCCCCGACGUGACAGGGCGGAUACACUUGACUCAAACGACGAACACUGGGUUCCGGGACAUGCUGGUGUAGUACCAGGACCGCGUACGCCGACUCUUUCGAGGGAAUCCACUGUGACGAUUUCGGACUCUAGUACAAUUAUUGAGUACAAUGCGGCUGCUGAAGAUGGAGUGGAGGAUGGAGAUGUGACGAUUACGCAUGAGGGAGCGGCGAAUGCGAACUUCAAGAUGGUGGAUGAUGAUGAAACGCCUAUGCCUUCGGGUGCUCAGACACCCCGUGCUCCGCGUCAACCGAACUCGACGCCGGCCAGCCCGUCGACGAAGGAGUACGAGGUUCCUCUUGACGAGGACUUCGUUUCCUCAAUCUCGGCUCCGCCUUCGCGCAAGAUGGCUCCGUCUGAUUUUACGCCGUUGAAGGUAUUGGGCAAGGGCGCUUACGGCACUGUUCACCUCGUCAAACAAAACUCCACCGGUCGCCUUUUCGCACAGAAGCAGUUGAAGAAGGCGUCUAUCGUUGUUCGUGCGAAGACUGUUGACGGAAUCAAGGCCGAACGUCAGAUUUUGGAGGAAGUUCGGCACCCGUUCAUCGUCAAGUUGUUUUACGCUUUUCAGUCACACACCAAACUGUACUUGAUUUUGGAGUAUGCCAUGGGUGGUGAGCUCUUUACGCAUUUGGAGACGGCGAAAAUGUUUGAUGAGGCCACCGCAGCGUUUUAUACUGCAGAGAUUGUAUUGGCUCUGAGCCAUUUGCAUUCACUCGGUGUCGUCUAUCGUGACCUUAAGCCUGAGAACUGUCUCCUCGAUGCAGAGGGACACGUCCUGCUUACGGACUUCGGACUCUCGAAGGUGUCUGACGCAAAUGGUGCAGACGAGGGACAACCCCGCCUCACCUCCUUCGUCGGAACGUGCGAAUACAUGGCCCCUGAAAUCCUCCAAGAGCAAGGUCAUGACGCCGCGGUGGACUGGUGGUCCCUCGGCGUCCUCCUAUACGAAUUCUUAACCGGAAUGCCACCCUUCACCGGCAACAACAAAAAGAAAAUCAUGGACAAAAUCACAAAGACGAAGCUCUCCCUCCCGUACUACCUCAGCCCAGACGCGAAAGAUCUCCUCACCAAGUUACUCAAGAAGACGCCGAGUGUACGACUCGGCAGCAAAUCCGGCGACGUCAACAAAAUCAAAGCCCACCGACUCUUCCGAAAGAUUGAUUGGAAGGCGUUGGAGAGGAGAGAGGUUUCACCGCCGAUUGUGCCUAUGAUCACGGACCCGGAGCUUGCGGAGAACUUUGCGGAUGAGUUCACGACGUUGGCUGUUGUUGGGAGUCCGCCCGUCACACCCGGUGGUGAGGGAAUGCCAAUGCCCUUUUCCGGGGUGGAUGGGAUGGACGGACAUGCGGCUUCCAGUCCGGGGAUGUUCAAGGAUUUCUCGUAUAUAGCGAGCACAAGUUUCAUUCAGAGGGCUAUGGAGGCUCAGAUUAAUCACUUUGGGGAAUGA